AUGGCUAGGUCCCAACAACGUUAUCGCGGUGUCCGACAAAGACAUUGGGGUUCUUGGGUCUCUGAAAUCCGCCACCCCUUACUGAAGACAAGAAUUUGGCUAGGCACGUUCGAAACGGCGGAGGACGCAGCGCGAGCUUACGACGAAGCGGCGAGACUCAUGUGCGGUCCAAAAGCACGUACCAAUUUCCCAUUCAAUCCCAACGACGACAUGUCUCAUUCAUCCAAUCUUCUCUCUUCAGCUUUGAUAGCAAAGCUUCACAAAUGCAACAUGGCCUCUCUUCAAAUGACUAAAAAACCAGCCUCAAAGGAGGAGCCAGUGCAAGAAGUAGUGAUGCAGCAACAAUAUAUGCCAUCCGGUACUUCUACUGCUAGCUGCAUUGUCGAAAACAGCGGCUUUUCUGGGUUCGAUUGGUCAGAGAAGAGAGAGUAUGGUGGAGCUCAAUGUGGUGCGGGGAAUUGGGUUGGUGAGACGGGUGUUAAAGUUGAGAAUUAUGAUCACCAUAUGGAGUUUUCUCAGCCGCUUGAGGAGGAUCACAUUGAGCAAAUGAUAGAGGAGUUGCUUGAUUAUGGGUACAUUGAGCUUUGUCCUGGGAUUCAAGCAUAG